GAGCGGCGGCCGAAACGAUUUCAGGUGUGCGUUUGUUAAUUGGCGCACGCUGAGAGAGGGAGAGAGAGGUAAAGAAACCGUGAUGAUGGCAGGGGGUCUGGCUGGGGUUGGAACCCCCCGCUUGGGUAAAGGGGGCGGUGAUGGGACCCGCUCCUGCGACCCGGAGCGCGAGGCGAUUGGAGGGGCGCUCGCUAUAAAAUCCAAACAAUCCCAGCCACCUCCCACAAAAAAACUUGGGAAGCUCUCAGACCCAGCGAGAGAGAGAGACAGAUAGAUAAACUGGAGACGUGGGGAGACCAGUUCUUGCUUGGGUUAUUUAGUUUAACGCGUGAGAGAGGACCAUAAAUAUACCUGGAGUCUUCUUCUCUUCGCUUUACCUGCUUGCACGGUAACUUUUUUUUAAUCAUUAGAUAGAGAAUGAGUAGUCCAGAUGUAGGCUACAUGAGCGACGAUCAGACAAAUCUUCACCACCACCCGCUCCAUCACCUGCAAACGCACCAACAUCAGCAGCGCCAACGACAUCAUCACCUGCUGCACUUGCAGCAGCAGACCCCGCUCGUGUCCUCGGCUGCUCUGUGGCCGGGUGGCGCGGCCCCCCGCGCGUCGCCGAGUCCCGGCCAGGUGGGCCCGGGUUCGAGUCCAGGUACGGGCCCGCGGGGCGUUCAGGCUGUCACGGAGGUUGCCAAGAGGACGCAGGAGGGAGGCGGCGGUGCCAGCGGCGGCAGCAGCAGCAAGACGCAGCAACAGGGAGAACCGCGCAUCCCGCGACCCAUGAACGCGUUCAUGGUCUGGGCCAAGGAUGAGAGGAGGCGUCUGGCCAAACAGAACCCAGAUCUGCACAAUGCUGAGCUCAGCAAGAUGCUAGGCAAGUCUUGGCGCGCGCUGACCCCGGAGAGCCGGCGCCCAUGCGUGGAGGAGGCAGAACGGCUGCGCUUGCUGCACCUGAGCGAGCACCCAGACUACAAGUAUCGCCCACGGCGCAAGAAGCAGCCCAAGCGCCUCCCGCACAGCGCCAAGCGAGGUGGCGGCGGUGCUCAGCCGGGAGCGGGGGGCCCGGGGGAUGGGACCCGGGGGCCUGGGGGCCCCGCUUCCCUCUCCUCCCUGCCGCCGCCGCCUCCUCUGCCGCCGGGGUUCGGCCACCGCGAACAGCGGCAGCACCAGCAGCAGCAGGGCGUGGUGCACUACCGCGAGCUGCAGCCGGCGCCGCUGCACUAUACGCAGCAGCAGCAGCAACGGGCGCCAUGUGGGUUGCCCACCCCAGAGCGCUCCCCUCCCGCGGACGACUCCAGCUCGGCGUCGUCGCCCGCAUCGUCGGUCUCGUCCUCGUCCGCGUACCCGCCGACAAUGUACCUGGGCGCGCACCUUCACCCUGACUACUACGCCACCGCUGCAAUGGGGCACGGGUACCCAGCCGCUGAGUCGGCCGCCCCCGCGCCGCUGUAUGGAUACCACCAGCUCGGGGCCUGCAGUGACGGCGGCAGCUACCAGGGCCAGGAGGUGGGGGCCUCCAGCCAGCAGAUCCAUGCAUCUCCGUACCACGGCGGCGGUAGUGGUGGUGGGGGCUCCGCGCACUGUGCCCUCUACGCGCUGCACGGUGUGGGGACCGACCCGACUGCGUUCAGCUUUGGGCAGCCCUCGCCUCCGCCGGAGCCGCCCAGGGCCUCCCACUCGCAGGUGCUGGAGGUCCUGGAGCCGUUCGGCCAGUACUUGGAGGAAGUGGAUCGCAGCGAGCUGGACCAGUACCUCAUGCUGGCGCCGUGCGCGGAGGUGGCGGUGUCGGCCAGCUGCUCCACACCAAUCCAAAAUUCCACUUCCUCCUCCACCUGCCUCUCUGGAGAGUCCAACCUCAUCUCGGCUCUCUCCAGCGCCACAGCAGUGUACAACAACUACUACAGCUAGCGGAGGCAGGCAACAGCGCGUCAUCCGCCCCCCCCCCACCUUGUGGCAUAGCGGAACGGUCGGCCACAGGACGCCACAGUGGCCUUGGUUUGUGGUUUCCAGGGGUUGAUGAUGAAUGCGAGGUGUGGUUUUGAGGAUCCCUCCACCACCCUCCUGCACGAGUCCUUUUCUGAAACGCACGCAAUCAGCACGAGAUACGCAAAUACUUUUUUUGCAUGGGACCUACGAGUUGCUUACACCGUAUGCAAAAAAAAAACAACCACGAACACUGGUGUCACGAAGCCAACUUUGGCGAGAUUCGUAGUCGGUUUAAUCCAAUGCGUUUGUUUUUGUCCUAGCGGGGUGGGCCUGUGUAAACAUUAGUAGCCUCGGAUUUAUUAUUUUAAAGCUAUUAUUGAACUUGCCAAAAAUGUGGGUUCGAGCUGCUCCUUACGUUUCCAGUCUCUCGUUUAAGAUUCCUCACCUUGGCCAAAUUCGUCUUUACCCAUACCAGCACAGCCAACAAAAUCCUAACGCUGUCAAUAAACCUUUUUUUUAUUUUACAGGCAUGCGCGUACCGUUUGGUAUCCACGUUUUUAUCACUAAUUUCCGUUCAGCAUGUCUAUUCAAGAGUAACUUGUUAAAAUUGCCACAACGCUGCGCUCGUAAGUUUCCGUCGUGCCCCACAUGAAUAUAGGCCCGAGGCUGUAGAGCCCUGGUGCAGGUGCUGUGCAUUAAUCAUUCAGGGCGCAACAUCUGUGUGCCUACGCGUCUCCUAUCUUUCUCUUCCCGAGUACCGUGAAGUGGGAUUGGUGGGCGAGUGGUGCUGUUGCUUCGAUGACAGAAAAUGCCCUGCCCCUUAGCUGUUGGUCUGACCAUCGCAUGGCAGCGGGCGAGGUAAAAUAUUGAUGAGGCCUCGUCACGUGUGGAACGAGACGAGAUGUUAUUGUGGUGACCCCCCCCCCACCCUCGAUGUCUGCGGACUGUGACUCGUUGAUGCGGACAGCUGUGGAGGGGGGCAAACUGUGUACGUGUGCGGCGACUUGUUUUUGUUGUUUUGUGUGGGGGUUUGUAUUAACUUUUUUUUAAACACGGUUUUUGUAAUUCACCUGGUAAUGGUGGUAUAGCGUAUUCGACACCCAAGCACGAAAAACAACCUCUUUGUUGGGCCGGGGUUAUCAACACGACCAUUGUUGAUUUUUUUUGGUCUUUCAUUUACAAAACUUCCAAGUUGGUUUUCCUUCUCCCCCCCCCCCCACCUUAAAAAAAAACCCUCACACAGGAUGUAUUUGUGACUGGAAUUUGGCCACAAAAAACCCUCUCACAAAGCAGCAAGAUGUUUUGUUGGGGAGUUGUAGGUUUUUUGUGUACUGCAUUUGAAAACUCCGUCCGUCCUCGGUGUUGUUCCUCCUAACCAACCAGAGUGUGGUGUCAGACGGGCUGCCAUCAAGAUCUCCUUAAACGCUUUGUGUACUGCUGGUAUGUGUUGUAAUGCAAUUAGUUUUCUUAGACUCCAGCCCUGUGCCAAAGAGGAUUGUUUUGGGUAAAUGUUUUGGCUCUCGCCGCUUUCUGUUUAAAUUGCGUGCACAAUUUUUUGCCACGUGUUGUCUGUGUGUGCAUGUUUAUAGAGUGUGGUCUGUGGUGGGGAGGGGUGGAUCUGUACACACCAAAGAUCUUUAUUCAUAUGCAACAUGCGCGACUAACUUUAAAGUAUAUAUACUGUGUGUAUGUGGAGGCAUCCUCUUAAUACAACUCUCUGGACUGGGGAGGGUGAUAUUCACUGAACCCUGUUCAACGUCGCCUAUUUACACUUGUACUAGCGGGAAGUGCCCAGACCCACACAUCGACCUGCACACACUUGCAGACAUUGACCCACACACACAAAGAUAUUGCCUUCUAUAUACACACAAACAUGGCCUGACACGCAUGCACUCGCAUGCACAUGCACGUACACACACAAAUAAAUGGGAGUUGCACACUCGCAUGGCCCCACGUGCACACAUGGACUCUCACACACACGCAUGGACCCUGAGACACGCACAUCGACUAACGCACACACAGCCUCGCAUAAACAGGCAUCGACUUUCGAUAUACACACAUGGAGUAACUCGCACACAUGGACUCAUAUAUACACACACACACAUGCACCGACACACACACAAAGAAAAGUACUUAAACACUCGCAUGGAGGCACACACACACACACCGGCUAAUGCACACAAACACAGGGUACUCGCACACAGGCAUCGACUUUAGAUACGCACACAUGCAGAGACCGACGCAGACACACACAUGCACCUACACGCACACCAAAGUGAUUGACUUACACAGUGAAAUGGAGCCGCACACACACCUCGACUGAAACACUGAUAUAUCAAGUCAUGCACACACACACAUACAUCGUAGAUGGUAAUAAAUGUACUCACGUACUUUUAAAAGUUUAAUUGUCUACGCACACACAUUGACCGACACACAAAUCGACUGACACACACAUGGUGGCAGACAGGGACUCGCGCGUGCACAAGGACCCAGAGGCAAUUUAGAAUAUAUAUAAGCAUAGUUAAAGGAAAUGUAGACCUGUUUAGUAGUCGGCACCCAAACGUUAUGAUUUGUAAUAUUUGCAAGGUGAAUCUUUUAAUAGGUUUCUAUGUACGUGAGUUUAGCGAAACAAGGAAGAGAAAUCCUAGUUUUCUGCACGCAACUUUUCUCGUGUAAUGUUUGGAAGGUGAUAAUUGAAAGCAUAGGUUACAAUGUACGCGAGUUUAGCGAAAGGAAGCGAAGAAUAGACAUGUCACUUGUCUGCACACAACCGGUAUCAAUGUAAUAUUUGCAAGGUGGUAAUAGAAGACGCAUAUUUCUAAUGAAGGCGAGUUGACAAAUUUAAAAAAAUAUUAGUUGUGAGCAGUCAAACAAAAAAAUAUAGUUGUCUGCACACAAACGUAGGCAAUGUAUUAGGAAGGUUAUUAUAUAUAAAAGGUUGCUAUCAAGGUGAGGCUAGGGAAAGAAAAGGCUAUUGUGCCUAAAAUUGGCGUGGUGAGGCCUAGUCUCAUGCAGAGCCCUCGGCCUCGCCUAGUUUUUCCAGCCGGGCGAGGUGUGCCCUGGGCAGGCUGGGGGCUGGACCGCUCCCCCCCCCCCCCCCCCCCCGUCCGCGCUACAAUAAUACAACGUAAGCGCUAUAAUAAUAAUUAGAAUAUAUCGAGGCUCUGUGGUAGUUUGAGGACGGGGGGUGGGGAGAAGAGGGACAUCGCACUGUGAAGAAAUUAACGGAAGCGUUUCGCGUGCUUUUGCUGCACGUUUAACGUGCAUGCAAAUUUGUGCCGCUCGUGUGUGCGUUUGCUAGGGGACAACCCAUGGUUUGCAGUGCAAAGUGUCAUUUGAGAAAAGCUUAAAUGCGACUCGCCUCCGUUUUUUUAAGUUUAGGAACGCUAAUAGUACUAAUUAAUGUGUGCCUCCGUCGGUGACGCGUGUAGCCUGCUAGGGGCUAAACGAGGUGGGCCGUUACAUUUUGAUUUUUUUUAAAGCUUUCGUGACUGCAGGGAUUCGUAUAGAACAUAAACCCCACCGUUUAUAUUUCUAUUAUUUUAUUGUUUCCCUUCUACGCGACUUUUACCGAAAGAACCAAGAAUACGUGGUGGGCGUUGUGCGCAAGUGCAGCCUGCUGCGUCGUCACUCUCCGAGCGGCUGAAGGGAAAUUAAAUAAAAAGGGGCCAAACUUUAUAUUUAAAUGAAGAUAAAUCGCAACAACAACCCUCCCCCCCGCUAUUUAAACUAAUGAAAAGGUAACGGACGGGAAAACGGAAUAGCGCUUGCCCACCGCGGGGCUAACGGCGUGGUACCUGUCAAAAAAUAAAUGUUUUUCGACGUGAACCCCACCACCGUUUGAGAGCUUAAAUCCCUCGCGUGCGGAGACGGACAGGCAAAAUAAUGACUCUUAUUGGUUAGAAAGAUAACCUAUUUGAAGUUGCCCAAAGGAAGUUACCACUUAAACGACUUUCAUUCUUUUUACGUUGACAUCACUUUCAAAUUUUGAUUUAAAGCUUUCGUGAUCCGCAGGGAUUCAUUCUUGGGUUUCUUUUUUUUUACAAUUAUUUUCUCGUUUCCCUUCUACGUGACUUUACCGAAAGAACCAAGAAUAUCACUUUUUAAAACACAAACUUUUUCAUCUUCCUGGAUGCUAUUGCGCCGAUGCACGAUUUAUUGUGGCGGCAACGGUCAAAAAGCGCGUUUUUUUGUAUUUAUUUGCUCGGACUCAACGUGCCCGGUGGGUGUUGUGGUUGCCAUGCGUGAUUUUUUUUUUAAUCCAGAGACGGAAGACGGCAACGUGAAGAUGCCAUCGUCGACGCGCGGUUUUCCACGCUCGUCAUCUGUCAGUCUGAAGGCAGACCUUGCCUUCCACAUUCGCCUGUAUGCACCCACUGCAUCGAAACAUCCUUCCCUGCAUGACGCUUGUGUACAGUUUCACCAAGCAGGUGUUUUUUUAAAUGCCAUUAUCACCAUCGUGCGAAAAGCCACACUUGUUUGUGUAUAUAUAAUUGCGCUGUAAUGCUAUUUGUUGUUUUUGUUAGCCGCGUUGUGCGGCGCGCGUGUGCUGUGUUGGUUUUUGGGGGGUGCGUAAAUAAUGAAGGCUGCGUUGGUAGUGCCAUGACCACUGAAGGAGGGAAACCUCCCUCCCGAUGUACUGCGAGAGGCGCCGAGGUGCUGUUAGCAUCGGCCUUUGUGGGGGGCCCACACGGAGCGACGCAGAGUGUGCGUGGUGAGGCCCGGCGGUCGUGUGAGUUUGUGCAUGUGGGGUGGGGGGGGGGGGACACGUGUAUUUUAUUUUAUAUAUAAAGAUCUGUAAUUUCUCACACUCA